AUGAGGCCCGAUUACAUGGGCUUCAUGUUUCUAACGAGCGCCGUGGUGUCAUUUAAUGCUGGCAUAUGGCAGAUCUUUCGUCGCUCGGAAAAGAAGCGAUUACUUGAGAACCACAAAAACAUCAUGAAGCCCGCGCUGAAGGAACUCCCAGCAAGCGACAAGACCGUCGAUGAGUUUGAGUUUCUUCCGGUGCAAUUGGAGGGGGUACUCGACAACGAGGGUUCUGUGCUCGUGGGGCCCCGCUCGAUACCGUCGUACAAGGGUGGAGCCACCCACGAGGAGAGCAAGGGAGGGUUUCUUGUCAUGACACCCUUUGAGAUUGCCGGAACAAAGCAGUUUGUCAUGAUAAACCGUGGCUGGGUUCCAAUCGACGCGGGUAAACAUCGCACACUUUUGGCGCAGUACAUUGGCGAGGGAUUUGCCCUGACGACGGUGCGUGGGAUAUUCCGCCGCGAGGAAUACCUCUCAGCGUCUCUUUUUUGGGGAAAAAACGUAUUGAACGAGGGGCCCGCUGCUGCCGACCUCUCGUGGUUGGCGCUUCGGCCGUGGAACAUGGCGUUAGAUUACUACAAGCGGCGCUGGGGAACCAACAACGUGGACGCUCGCGUCUCCCAGCACGGUCUCCACCACUACUACGUGGAGAUGCUGGAGGACUACACUGGAGAUGACCAACGGAUUGUGCGGGGACAUGCAUGGCCGUGGCGCCGGAGCACGGAAGAGGUGACGUACGUUCACCUGAUGCCCAUUGUGCACACCAUGUACGUCUUAUUUUGGUUUUCCGUCACGAUUGGGUCGCUUUACGGCAUGGGCAGGUGCUACCAACGCCAAAAGGAACUGUUUGCACUGCGGAGGCACAUGACCGCGCAGUCCACGCUGCUUGAAAAAAAGCGUCAGGAGGAGGCUCGGGCGUACAUGGAGGCGGUCCAGGAGGUGGAGAGGAUGAAGAAAUUGGGGACGGCCUCCACUGCACGCAUACCAGCACAGCAGCCGGCUAGCAAAUAA